GCAUCGGCCGCACCUCGGACCUUGACCUGCGGCCUGGGAGGAGGCGGGAGAGAUCCACUGGCCGGGCAGAGACCACCUGACCACCUUCCUGGGCGCCGGAGCCCGGGCCCCACGCCGGGACUCUCCCUUUCCCCCGCAGCAUGCAGCCCCAGGAGAGCGGCGUCCAGUACAGCAGGUGGGAUGACCGCAGCCGGGAUGAAGUCCACGUGGUGGCUGGGUCCAGCCCAGAGGAGGCCUGGACCUGGGAGAGGAUCUCCCGGAAGCUGUGCUCGGGCAAGCUGGGCAUCGCCAUGAAGGUACUGGGCGGACUGGCCCUCUUCUGGGCCGUCUUCAUCCUCGGCUAUCUCACUGGUUACUACGUACACAAGUGCAAAUAAGGCUGCCCAGCACGCGCACUUGGGGCUGGCCGCCCGUGCGUGGGGACAUGGGCUUGGGCGGACACCCCUGUACGCCAGAACCCCCUUUGUAUACACUGAACCCCAUAUACACGAUCCUCGUAUACAGAA